GCUAGCGCUUCUUCCUCUUCAGUCCCGUUGCGAUCGUCUUCCGAGACGCUUCAUUAUUUUCAUAGCGGCCGUCUACAUCGCAGCUCUCAGUCCGUCUUAGUGUCUCCACUUGUGCGUACCGUGUUGUCACAUUUAGGCAGCCGCAUCGAAAAAACACGUUGAAUUUCCAUCAUCCAGUGCGCAAAAAAGUUUGUUUUUUUAAUUCCAAAAAGGUUAACGGGAAAAGUCGUUGACAUUUGGGAAAGAGCAUAAAAAAAGUAAGAAAAUAAAAAGCUUUUCCCCAUCAAUCUACCACCCGAAAAAAAUUCUAUUCCGAAAAUCAACAGUGACAUUGACAGCAUAACAAUUUUCCUUUUCUUUCUGUUAGAAAAAAAAAAACCAAAAACAAAAAACAAAACACGCUCGCUUGCGUCGACAGUGGCAUUCACCUUUCGAUUUUUCUUUGAUUCUAUUUCCCAUUUUUUUGGGUUUUUUUGUUGUCCCUUUCUGACGUUCAUCCGUCACUGAAAUUCCCGAUACUGCUACACCUCCGGAUAUAAAUAUCUUAAACAUAGAGACUGACGUUUCCCCUAUAUCCUGCCCUCUAUACCAUUUGUCAUUCAACUGCCAUCGAAGGCAACAAACGUCGCAUUUCCCCCGAUCGACGAGGAUUCGAUUUGUUUUGUUUGUUAUUUCAAGGAAGGAUGUUGAAGACUAGAAGACGCUGGAAAAGAAGCUGACACACUAUCUGCAUGUUCUUGAACAAUUAGGAACUUGCUGGCCAGGCUCCUCGUUUUGUUUGCUCACGUAUUGCACCUCACUUCUCCAACUUGGACGAACAUUACCCAAAAAAACAGCUGAUAGCCGAAUAAAUCAAGAAGGCAAAAAGUUCUAGGAAAAGUUGCGAAAUAAAACCUUGCAAUCCAUAAAAACUCGUUGAGUUAAAAAAACAAAAACAAAACAAAACAAAAAUGGAUGUGUUCAAAAUUGAUCAGUCGAUGGGCGGAUUGGGAUCGGGUUCUCGAGUGACGGAAUCCAGCCGCCAUCAUCAGGUGACGACGGAAGUCAGUUUCGACACGACGUCCGACUUCAAUUUGAGCUUCUUCGAUUCAUCGUCGACGCCACCUACGCCUCCGCCGACCACAGUGUCCGCUUCCGGCGGAGGAGCUUCGUCUUCGUCUACAUCCUCGUCCGGAGUUGUUCUUAAAGAGGAGUACGACGAACCUUCGCCUCCGCCACAGCAACAACAGGAUGGCGGAGUGUUUGAUGCCCUCGGUCCUGAUGGCAUGUUCAACAGUCCUCCGCCGACAACACCGCCAUCACCGGCCGGCAUCGAUUCCGGAUCGAGUCUGAACGAUUCCGGCGUCAAAAUCAAAAGUGAAUUUGACGUGACCAACAGUUUCAACGGUGGCCAGCAGCAACAUCGCCAACUUGCACCACCUAGGCCGUCGCUCAACCUCUUCCCUCCCCCAAAGGCUGGAAAUAAUCCUCCACCUACACCGCCCUCCACCCCGAUCACGCUCAAAAAUGAACCCGGUUUGCUGGGGUCGUCGGCAGAGUCUAACGGCGCCGGAAGCAGUAAAUCUUUCGUUCCGUGUAAAGUUUGCGGAGAUAAAGCCUCCGGCUAUCAUUACGGUGUAACAUCGUGCGAAGGCUGUAAAGGUUUCUUCCGGCGGAGUAUUCAGAAGCAGAUCGAGUACCGGUGCUUGCGCGACGGUAAAUGUCUGGUCAUCCGUCUCAACCGCAAUCGUUGUCAGUACUGCCGUUUCAAAAAAUGCCUGGCCGUUGGCAUGUCGCGCGACUCGGUACGUUACGGCCGAGUUCCGAAACGAUCGAGAGACCGUGGCGGAUCGACCAACGGGGACGAUUGCAGCAACGGUGCGGGCAUCCGCAGUCCCGGCGGAUUUGCCGAUCCGUCAACGCCCGACAGUUCCGAUAGUUGCGGUUUGCAAGGCCAACAGCCAAUGCAAAUUAGCACUACGAGCAACAGCAACAGUAACGGCGCUAUCAGUCAGUCGCAACAACAACUCCAUCAACAUCAACAACAACAACUUCAACAACAAAGAGACCCUGAGAGCCGCCAGUUGGCUAUUUACGACACGAUCCUGACUGUAUCGCAAGCCCAUCACGCCCACUGCGCCUACACCGAAGAAAAGACCCGCAACAUUGUCCGCACUCCCAUACCAAUCGUGAUGGACGAUGGUGGGAAUAACGAUCCUCCGGGAGGCAACAGCGGCAACGCGGACGAAGCCCGACGAAUAGCCACCUGGUCGGCGUUGGCCACGCAUAUGACACCGUCCAUUCAACGUGUAGUUGAAUUCGCUAAACGUGUUCCAGGCUUCCCGGAAUUAAGUCAGGACGAUCAGCUGAUUCUCAUCAAAAUUGGAUUUUUUGAAGUUUGGCUGGGCCACGUCAGUCGACUGAUCAAUAGCCAAGAAGGAACAUUAACGUUGGCCGAUGGUGUAACUCUGUCCAAACAACAGAUGGACACCAUUUUUGACGUGGAUUUUAUCCAGACGGUCCUGGGAUUCGCCGAAGGCUUGAACCAAAUAGCGAUGAACGAUAGCGAAAUGGCUCUUUUUUCAGCUGCUGUUCUCCUAUCGCCGGACAGACCCGUCAUUAACGAUGCUAAAGGGAUUGGCCAGCAUCAGGAACGCAUUACUGACGCUCUUCGAUUACAGUUAUUGAGGAAUCACGCCAGCGAUCCGGGUCUGAUCAACGCCGUUCUUCAAAAGAUUGUCGAACUGAGGGCCAUUGGCCACCGCCACCAAUCGCAACUCGAUUGGUAUCGUCGUCGCUGGAGUUUGCUCGUCCAUCUGCCCCCACUUUUCGCCGAAAUGUUUGACAUUCCCCGAAGCGAAGAAGAUUUGGCCUGAAAUGAUGGACGGCCCACGUUUAUCGCUUUUCAUCUUCCAUUUUUAAAAAGAAAAUUCUUUGUUUCGUGUAGUUUAUAGGACUUGGACGGUCCUCAUUAGGAUUAUUUAAGCGAAUCAAGUUUCUGCGCUCACACACAAUUUUUUUAAAGAUAUUUAACGUGGGUCGUUUUGUAAGACACAUUUAAUGACAUUGAUUGCUUUACUUUUUAUAGCUCUGUGUGUACAUACUAUACCAUAUACUAUUUUUAAAUGAUCAAGAUCGUCUUGUUUGCUAUUUCUUUUUGCAUGAUUCUCAUCGAGUUCAAACCUUCCGUUCCGUGUUUCUAUCAAAUUUUUUUGAAAAAGAAAUAUUUGUGGAAAGUGCCUUUUUUUCUCGUUUCUCUCAACAGGUGAUUGCAUUAUUUUCAUAUGUGUUUUUCGUGUUGCAUUUGUGUCCUUCUUGGUUUCCUCACUUUUUAUUUGGGAACAACGUGACGUUAUUCUCAACAAUCUGUUUGCAUUUUUAUCCAACCCCCAAAUGUCCCAAAGAUUUGUUCAACCAACUCGAACGUUAGAAGAAGAAAAAAAAGGGAGAAAAAAAAAAAAUCACGAACAAUGAAUCGAUGCUACUUUCAUAAUCUUUAUAUAUAUACACACACCUAUACAUAAAUAUAUAUUUCAGAAUAUUAUAAAUAGUGCUGUAAUACUGAUACCAUGUCCCCCAUACAUUCACGUAUAUAAACAACACACGCACUCACAACCCAGUUUGAUGUACGACGGUGAAAAACAAAACAAUUAUGCUUGUUUUCUAUUUAAUUCUCUAUAUACAAUUUUUUUUGAAAGUGUUUCGUUUUCUCAUUUGUCUGCCUAUAUUUCGUUUAUAUUGUAUUCAAUUCGAUAAAACAUAAGCAAAACAAAUGAACGAACGAGAAGACAAGACCCGAAGAGAAGUGACGAUAUUUUUUUUUUAAAUAACGUGUCACGUCACUAAUUAUGUACGGUAAUUCAUGCAUUUUAUUCAUCAUUGUUGUUCAUCUGCAUGUCUGAAAUUAUAAAACCUGAAUUUUCUCCAG